AUGUGACAGCCGGUCCUCGUGACUGUUACAAUUACACACGUAUACACCGUAUGUGUACUGGUGUGUGAUUUUGUAAAAUUUCCUGUUAUACAUGCACAAGAUAUUGUUGAUCUGUUAAGUCGUUUGGGUGGGUAGGAAGCCACAGAUGUAACUCUUCAGCUGAGAUACAUAUGUAAUUAACUUUUCACGGAGUGACCAGUUUUGUCCAGCCGAGUGACCAGUCUAUUCCUUUUCAUCUAGGUAAUGAACGAUCAGGAGCUUUGAUAUUUAAACGAAACUCCGUAAAUUGAACACUCUCUAGUGCGACAGUGGCCGAGGGAGAUUUGACCAGCUAAAACUGGACUGACCGUAAGUGACCAGAAUGUCUUCCUACUGGCAACACGGACUACUAGGAUGUAUGGACAACUGUACGCUAUGUCUAAUCACCUAUAUAAUGCCUUGUUACACAUUCGGAAAGAACGCAGAGGCUGUCGGGGAAAGCUGUUGCAUCUGUGCACUGACUUACCUGUUUCCUGUCAUUCACCUUGUGGCAGCGGUCAACAUCCGAGGGAAGAUUCGGAUGGAAAAAGGAAUAGACGGAACGUUAUGUAACGACUUGCUGGUUGCGCUUUUCUGUCCAUUUUGUGCGCUGGUUCAAGAAGCCAAUGAAAUCCGAGGGGCUCCGAUGACUUCGUAUGGAAUGGCGAGAGAGUAAAAUGGACGGAGUGACUCUCACAUCUUUGAUUCGUAUUCCGAAGUGAUGUAUCUCCGUGUAUUGAUAUUGAGGGCCAUAAUGAUAUACUGCUUGCAUGGUUGUGCAUACCAAUAUUAACUAUGUAUAAAUAAAAUAUAGAUACCAGAUUAUGAAAUUUCAUAGUGUAUAGUGCAUUUAGAAUACAUGUAUAAAAAUUAAAUCGCCAAGAUAUGAUAUAAAAACAACAUUGCAUAUAGUCUUCGCAUUUUCGCUGCCGUAGUGAUGAAAUAUGGGUUUAUAAUUUAAAGACAUAACAAGGGGGGGGGGGGGGGGGGGGGGGGGGGGAUUUUUGGUAGAAAAAGCCCAAUGAGAGUUUAUCUUAGUUUAUCAGAAACUGAUUACAUUGGUUUUAGUGGUAAUAUAAGACUACUCAUAUAAGGUUUGGGUUCUCCACAUCAAUACAUUGUAAAUCCUUAAACUUUGUUGUUUCUCUUUAAUGAUAUUUUAUAAACGUGCAAUAAACGAGUGUUUUCAUUAAAAAAUAAUGGUUAAACAUUUAACCAAUAAUACUGAUCAGCGUUUGUAUGUGAACCAUCACGAGGCCCGUGACGUAUCUACGUACAUUUGUAUAGGAAGAGUUGCCUCCCCUAUACCGCUGGUUUUAUUGAUGCCAGAUUCGAGUGAAAAGGAACGGGUGUCCUGUCCGACAACGUGGGUUUCUUCUGCGUACUCUGGUUUUCUCUCAUACCAAGACCCGUCACGCGCGUCCAUCCUCGCCUUCAAGCGUGAUUAUUAUAAUGUAAUAGAACUUCUUUUAUAAAAUAAAGUUUACAUUUUAUAU